AAUAAAACAACGAGAUAAAUUAUGUACUCGGCAUCAAAUUUUAAUUAGUGGAUUAUGUGAGAGCCCCACAAACUCACCCAAUUGGGGGAGGGGUUUAUCAAUUUUGUCAUACGACCUAAGAGCACUGUAUUAGAAGCACUGCUAGGGUUUAAGUUUAACCACCCAGAUUGCACCCAACCAUCUCGCAGUUCUCAUCUCCAAUGGCGUCCACACUCUCCAGAAGGCUACUCCGCACCCUCAUUGCUGGCCCUAGACCGCCGUGCCGUCUCGCGCGCCACCCUUCAACGCCCUAUUCGCUAUGCUCGAAAAGCUUUUCCUCUGAGAGCGAAGAUGAAAUGAGUGCUCUGGAAUCGGACCCGUCCGGCUCGGAAUCCGAAUCCGAGGCCAAAUCAGAUCCUUUCCCUUCAAAUCCACCCCCCGAAUCCAACCGGCAGGGCAGUGCGGGUGAACGGCCUCUUGAAAAUGGCAUGGAUCAUGGUAUUUACAAGGCAAUAUUGGUAGGUCAGGUAGGACAAGCUGCUAUACAGAAGAAACUGAAGAGCGGGAUUAAAGUGACUCUUCUUUCUGUCGGGACAGGUGGGAUUCAGAACAACAGGAGGCCAUUUGAUAAUGAGCAUCCUAAAGAGUAUGCUGAUCGGUGUGCUAUCCAGUGGCAUAGGGUAUCCAUUUAUCCCCAGAGGUUGGGGGACCUCGCUGCAAAGAAUGCUGUUCCUGGCUCAAUCCUGUACAUAGAGGGUAAUCUUGAGUCCAAAGUCUUCAGUGAUCCAAUUACAGGCCUUGUUAGGCGCAUACGCGAGGUUGCUGUACGCCAAAAUGGUCGGCUUGUUUUUCUUGGCAAGUUAGAUGAUGCCGAGGGAUCAUCAAGAAAAGAAAUAAAAUCUGUUGGCUACUACUGAUGUUGGAUUUACCAAGAAUGAAUCAAUUCUACAUCACUCCAGAUUGCAUUCGGCAUCUGAUGCGUAUUUGACUGCGGGGAGUUGGGUAAUACAGCAUGAACUUUCUUAACAGUUUCUUUAAAGUUUGGAACCAAUUUGGUUCAAUUUUUUUGUUAUGGCUUUCGAGUAAAAAAAUGAUGUUUAGAAGACAUUUGGUUUGGUAUCAAAAUGAUGUUUAGAAGACAUUUGGUUUGGCAUCAUAGAUGAUUUUUGGGUGUUUGGUUAGUGAUAAAAAUUACUUCCUCUAUUCACAUUUAAGUGACUAUUAUGACUUCUGUGAUCAAUAAAAAAACUGAAUGAUU